GUUGUCUCGGCUCGGCUUGGCUGCAAGCAAGGUGCAAAGCCCCGCUUCAAGUCGGGUCAGUUUUUUGUGAUAAUGUGUGAUAUUGAUUCGGGUGCAGCAGGCCGGCGCGAUGCACGUGCAUAGGACGGCCGGCGGGGGUGCGGUGGGUGGUGAAGUGCAGCAGCAGCCAGACGAACGAGACGAGACGGGUAGAAAGAGCGGCGGCAACAGCGCGAUCCUCUCCUCAUCUCGCGAGCGAGCGAGCCAUGAGGUCGUCGGCAGCCGCCGACUCUGACUCCGACCCACCAGCGUCAGCGUCUGCAUCCCCGCCACCGAGCGCGCACUUGGGCGAAAUCGAAUGCAGCCGCAGCUCCGGUUAAUGCUGCGAGUGGCCGCGUCGUCCCCAUGGAUGCUGCCGCUGCCGCUGCACCACCGACGACGCCAUCUCCAGCGAGUGCAUCUCCGCGCGCCGCCGCGCUCCACCCCGUAGUGUGACAGUGCCAUGUGCCCUGCAGUGAGUGACGACUUCUUCAGCCGGUGAUCCGCCACGACGAUGGCCAUCAACUUCUCCGCGUCCUUCGCGGCCUGUCUGGCCGCCGGCCUCAAGGUGCCCCGACAGAUCAUGUACUGCAUCUCCCAAGAUACGGCCGCUCCUUACGUACUGUACAAAGAUGGAAUGGACCAAACCAGAAGUCAAUGGGGUGCCCAAGACGCAUAUCCGCCCCCACAGCAAGGCACCUCGGGGGCAGGCAGCCCCCAACAAGCGUGUGGUCCCACCGUACCCCUUGGAGUCGAAGCCGACGCCGUUCCUCCCCGAGACCAAAGUUUACCCUCUCCCGCCCCCUCCCCCUAUCCCGCAACCCAAGCCGAGCCCCGUGACGACGACAUCCCUCCCGAACAGCCGACGAUGGACAUAGAGCCCAGACCGGCGUCGCAGUGCUUUCCCACCGAUCUCCAGCAACAGCAGGCGUACCAGCAGUACGCCAGAGCGCCACCUCCAGCGGCACCGCCUCCCGUUCCACCACAUAUGCUGGGAGCCGGGAGUUUCUCAGCGCUUCAUUAUUUAAAACAGCCCGGUGUCAUGCUAACCAGUCUUGGAGCGGAAGGGAACGGCCAACUCGACCAGUAUUCAGGAACCAUGCAGGACUUGCGGUCGGCAAGCCUCCCGGACGUGAUCCAGCAGCAGCAACAGCAGAGCCUGAAGCAGAGCAAAAACGGCCUCGGUGGCGAGCUGCGACUGUUCAAGUGCUUGACAUGCGGCAAAGACUUUAAGCAGAAGUCGACCCUUCUGCAGCACGAGCGCAUCCACACGGACAGCAGGCCGUACGGGUGCCCCGAGUGCGGGAAGCGCUUCCGCCAGCAAAGCCACCUCACGCAGCACCUCCGCAUCCACGCCAACGAGAAGCCGUACGCUUGCGUCUACUGCGAGCGCACCUUCCGCCAGAGGGCCAUCCUCAACCAGCAUCUGCGAAUCCAUUCCGGUGAGAAGCCCUAUGAGUGCCCGGAGUGCGGGAAACACUUCCGCCAGAAGGCCAUCCUCAACCAGCACGUCCGCACACACCAAGACGUGAGCCCUCACCUGGUGUUCAAGAACGGCAUGAACCCCACACUCUGGCCGCAAGACGUGCCGUUCCCGCCCGACGAGGGCAAGGAGGAGGUGGCGUCGACGUACGGCGACGGAGACACCAACUCGCAAAACGACCGCUCCGGCUGUUUCUCCCCCAACGGCGUUUCCGGCAACUUGCAGUACCCCGCGUACUUUAAAGACGCCAAAGGCAUGAACCACUCUGUGUUCGGGUCGAGUACGAACUUUGGUGCGUUGCAAUACCUCAAGCAGCAGCAAGCGGGCAAAGUCCUGCCCGAUGUCAUCCAGCACGGGCGCUCGGCGGGGAUGCCCCUCUACGUGCGGUGUCCCAUCUGCCAGAAGGAGUUCAAGCAGAAGUCGACGCUGCUGCAGCACGGGUGUAUACAUAUCGAGUCGAGGCCGUAUCCGUGCCCGGAAUGCGGGAAGAGGUUCCGACAGCAGUCGCAUCUCACGCAGCACUUGAGGAUUCAUACGAACGAAAAACCCUACGGGUGCGUCUACUGCGGCAGGAAUUUCAGACAGAGGACCAUUUUGAAUCAGCAUUUGAGGAUACACACCGGGGAGAAGCCGUACAAGUGUGGACAGUGCGGGAAGGACUUUCGGCAGAAGGCGAUCCUGGAUCAGCACACGAGGACGCAUCAAGGUGACCGACCAUUCUGUUGCCCGAUGCCCAACUGCCGGCGCCGCUUCGCCACCGAGCCCGAGGUCAAGAAGCACAUCGACAACCACAUGAACCCGCAUGCUGCGAAGACGCGCCGCGACUCCACCGGCUCCGACGGCAAGCUGACAGCCAAUGGGAUGCUGCCACGCGGCCUCACCCCCACCACCGUGGUCAAGCCCGAGCUGUACUUCCCCCAGUGUUACGCGCCCAGCUUCAACCCUCCAACCAGCGUAGCCCAGUUCCAGGCUGCGAACCCGGAAUUCAAGCCGCCCAACGCGCUGCCGACCCAGUGACUAACGGCGAGCUGGCAACUGGGUCCGUGUAUUGGGUGACCCUUUGCCAGUCUAUGGACUGAACCCGACACUUAGUUGCAGGCUUAACGGACUCAUCCGCUAGUUAAGUUAUAUAUUUAUUGGUGAUUUCAAUGAAAUAUCGACGAGAUAUUUUGCUGAGUGAUUAUCACAUGGUGCUGAGAACCACUACACUGGUUCACUGUAACAUACGGAAUGUAGCACUUAACGCGAUAAGUAUACAUACUAUAAAUAUAUGUAAAAUGUAAAAGUAUUUUAAAUUUUAUCCAGACGUGUCCUGUUCACAUAGUGGCAAUACUUUUAAGAACAAAGUACUUUCAUAAGGACAGUCUGGGACCUGGCCGACGACUUACUUACACGAUUUUAGACACGUUGAAUUUUGUAGAAAAAUCAUUCAUACUUGAAUCGCUUAUUUAAGAAAAAAUAAGAGAUUUUGGUACAAGAAUUAUAUUUACACAACUUGAAACAACCGAAAAUUUUUAGUCUUUAAAUUAGCGUCAUUUUUUAGCAACUUUUUUCAAAUUGACCGCCUCUGGGAAUCUUAACUUUCGUUUUUUGUCUGAGCUCAGAAUUCACAUUUUCCCGUUUUUUUUUUCUAAAAUGCAAAAAUACCUAGAUGAUGCAACAGAGACAAACUUAUCAGCAGAAUUUUAACGUUUUAAUGUUAAGACUCCUACGCCUCUUGUAGUGAAUUCCUAAAUUUUAAUUUGAAGAAGGAAUACUUCAUUUUUCAGAGCUGAAUACAAAAUUUUGCCCUUUUUUAAAAUCUUAUAGGAAGGCUGUACUUUCAAAGAACAGUGUUUUUGCAUUUUUUGGACUAAACUAGAGCAUAAUUUGAAAGUUUCUGUGUAAGAAAAACUUUUUGCGUUAAAUUGAAUUCCAGCAACAAGUUUAGAGCCAUAAAACCUACCAAUUUGAAGAGACAGUCAUUAUGAAAAUUGAUAGUAGUUGAUAAAGUUAGAACCGACCAUAUAUUACAAAUUAAAAUAAAAAUGUUGAAUUUCCAAGGCAUAUUUUGAGUACAAACUCGGGAUUAAGUUCAAUACUCAAAUAUAUGGUUCUUCGGGCCGGAUAUAAUUAAUUUGAAAAGUGAGCAAAAUCUCGUUGACACAAUUUAACCUAAUCUAUUUUACCCUUGCUAUAGUCACAGUUUUGGUAAUUUUUCUUAAAUUCUGAACGAACUAUAUAACUUACAUCUCCAGUUAAUAGCAAUAAAUUUUUUGUACAUACCUAAUAAUUUUUACAAAAAAAAACAUUUUUUUUAGUUUUGUUGUUUUGUUCUUAGAUCACCGCCUUCUUAUCAUAAGUAUUUCGUGUAAACGGUUAUUGCUAUUCUGCAAAUUAAUUAAUUAAUUAAUUAAACACAAUUAAUAUAUACUGAGAAGUAAGGGUACAACCAGAUAAGAUACAGAAGGACUAGAUGAGAUCUUCAAGUUAAACACUUUAGUUCCAUUAAAUGAAUGUUUAAAAAAAUGCCAUAGACUGCAGCGCCAACGCUAAAAAAAUGUCCAGGCGAAAAAAGAAUUAUUUUUUUUAAUGUCAACCACAUAUUCAAAUUUUUAAAAAAGUUUUCUAAAAAACGCGAGAUUUUUCUCAUUUUCUGAAAAAUUAAUAAACACUUGUACACUUUGAAACCUCACAUUUGCCAUUUUUGUUCAACAUUGUUUUUGACAAAAUUGAAUACUAAUUAAAACAUGUUUUAUUUUGAGCACUGUUUUUGGUUAGAGAAUUCAGUCUAAGCUAAAGCAUUUUGAUUCAAUUUUUGUUUAUACCUUAUACAGAGUGAUUUUUUUAAAACGGAAAGCGCUGUAGAAUUUUUAUUUAUGGUCCAUCUUCAAAAAUUAAAAAAUACAUGGCUUUUAAUAAUUUAAUGCUGAUGCUUAAAAAAAUUGGGCUGUAUUCAAUAAUCCUAUAUCAAAUUGCGACUUAUAAUUUCUUUUUCGUAAUUUGGAAAGUAUUAGUUUUUAGUUUUUUUUUUAAUACAAAAUUAUGUAAUUACUAAAAAUUGUUGUUUAUUAAAACUUGAGAAAUAAAGGAAAUGUUAUUAAAAUCUAGUUGCAUGAUGUUAAUGAAACAUUUUGACGUUAAAAAUAAUAUUGUUACAAGUAAACUCUUUCUUUAAAAUGAAUGAUUUUAAUUACUUAACGAAUAUGUUGAAAGUAUAUUUGAGAAAAUAUUAACAAUAGUUUCUUUUAUUUGCUACUUUUUGACAUAACAACAACAGCAUUGCUUUUUUGACACCAAACAACUAGGUUUUAUUAACUUUUAUAAAAAAAAAUAAAUUCAAUGAUUUAUUAAAUUAAUAAAAUUAGUAAAUUAGAAAAUAGCACUUGUUUGAAGUUUGAACCAAAAAAAUGAAUAUCUUUCAAAUUACAAAAAAUAUAUAGGUUUUUAUUUAAAAUAAGAAAGUUGAAUAUAUCACAAAAUUGACUCUUUGACAUUUAGAAAAAAAUUAAAAGCAUCAGCAUUUUUUAAUCAGGCCAUAAAUAAUAACUCUACAGCGCCUACAGUUCUUUAAAUAUCACCCUGUAACUCGUUUUAUAUCCAGAAUGGAAUAACAAUGACAGACUCAAUCACAUUUUACUAAGGUAAGACAAAAAAAGACUUGUGUUUUAUCAUAGGUUAAUAAAAAAACAACUUCGAUAAUUAAUAAUUGUUGUGAAAUGACUUGUGAAAUAAGAAAUAAUGAAAAUUGAAAACCAAAAUAUCAAUUGUUAAAAAAUAAACAAUUUCUAAUGAAGUGCUUUGAAUGAAAACAUCAGGGGACAAAGUGGGUUUUUUUAAUUUUGUUUAUUAUUUUAAUAGAUACCAUGCAUUCAAUUAAGUUUCUGAUCAAAGUGACCUGUGAGUUUAAAAUUAAGUUGGCAAUAAUGAAGAAUGUAGAGAUUGUAAGAUAUGUCAGAUUCCAUAUUAUAUUAUUUUCUGACUCCUUUUUGUUAAUUUUUCAGAAACUUAAUUGACAUUACGGAUGUUGAAAAUUAUGCAGUGUUCGAACUUUCUCUUUGACAUCCCUAAAAAUGCAACUGUCUUUUCAAAAAUUAUGGAACCAUUUUACUAAAGUCUAGUAGUUGACGCUUCAAUUUUUAUUAAUUAAUUUUUGUUUACGAUUUAUUAAAUAAUAAAAACACGUUCACUUUUAACUGAAAAGGUGGCGCUAUACCUUGUUGAGGUACAUGUGACUUUAUGCGUCAACUUUUCAAAAUCGUCCCAAAACUAAAACACAAAACGUGUUUUAUUAAAAACUAAUAAUUCUUUCGACAUUUUAAUGUAAGAAAACUAAGAAACAAAUUUUCAAAUAAAGGAUUACUGUUUUGUUUUUGCCUUGGUGGUGGCGACAUCUGUCAGCAGUUGUUUGAAAUGGACCUUUGUACUGUCGUAUAUUGACAGAUUUAGCGAGAAAUCGUAACACCACCAUCGCAUUAAAACAUGACUUCGUACCAAAUUUAAAAAAAUAUUAUUUAAAAAUGUUGAGUCACAAAAAAAUCAAAGAAAUUAAUUCGAAAAUUUUUCUACAUAAUUCAGUCCGUCCUCAGAAAUCCUGGAAGUAAAUCGUGCGCCAGCUCUCAGUCUAGCAUAACUUUAUUGUUGUAGUUAGAUUUUACUCUUAUGUGAUCUCUUUAAUGUAAAUUGGCAAGAGAGAGUUAUAGAACUGUUUGACGGGUUCUAACUACAGUUUUGCGCAACGCAGAUCCUCUUCACUUCUCCAGCAACAACAGAAAUUUUCGUUAAUAUUUAUACAUCAAUCAUUACGUUAAAACUGAAUUUUUUACAGAUUUAAAUGUUAUAAACACACACUAAUAAUAGGGGUGAUGGUGUGAAAAAUCAUUCUUUAUAUGAUCUACAGUUUUUAUAAACAUAUAUUCUAUAUAUACAUUAAGAGGUAAAACUUUUUAUAGACGGUCUACACACCUAAUUUGAGUCAGACUCAGACACUGCUUCACCUUGCACAAACGGAGUCGAAUUGUGGUUGUUUUAUGCACCGGGCGACCAGAGGGCGCCGUCCUCGGUCACGUGGUUCACAUUGUUUUAAUUUAGGUCCCGUCAAAACCUAAACUAAUGACCAAAUCGUUUUGUAAAUGUAUUUGUUUAUAUAGAUUAUUUGUAUACGAUUACUUUAGUGAAAAAGAUAUAUUGAACCGUUUAGGAUUUGAAAGUGGUGUGCAGGCCUACCUUUUUUAAUUGUAUAUGACAUUGAACAAGGCUGUAGCAGCCGAUUUUGUUGAGCUACAAGACUUAUAUAAAACGUGAUAGCAUUUAAUUAGUUGUAAGCCUUUUUAUGUAUAUAAUUCAAUUUUUAAAUCAUUUUUACUAAAAUGUGUUACACCUACUGUAAUAAUGUAAAGAGAUAAGACGAGAUUAAGUGAUUGUGUGAUAUCCCAGUUGGGUCACUUUUGUUAACUAUACUCUACCUACAAGUUUCACAAGUUAUAACCGUUUUUCGAACCGACUCCAUCAGCCAAUCAUCUCAUUUAUUCACCAAUCAUCGACGACAAGACUGACCGAGGGCGGGAAAGUGUCGCUUUCCGCCCAAGGGCUGAAAUGACAAUUUUCGUUUGCAUUUUUGGUUUACAGCAUUCCCGGACCUUUAUCUGUUCAGCAGAUACAUUCCAGUUCAGUCGGUUCGAAAGCGGGUGAAAAAAUCUGGUGUUAGUUUUAAUUUGCCGGCGUGCAACUGCAAUAAUUUAACUUCCAUUUCGCUAGAUCGUAGUUUAACUACUCUAAAAUACUCAUAUAUUUAUGUAGUAAUAAGAAAUAUUGUACUAAGUGCAGCUAAAUCCUUGGAAAACUAAAGUUUUAGUAAAUCUGCCUCCGUGCUGAGAUCUCUUAGAGUGGAAAUGGUGUAGAACUAUUUGUUAAGUGCCAUAGUCUAAUAACUAUUGUAAGGGUUUUGUUUGUUAUGUUUUGUUGCUCAUUUACACUGCAUUUUAGUAUUUUUCGUGACUCACUUUUGUGUUUCCUUAAUAGUGAGACUGAUGAUGCGAGAAUAUUCGUUUUAAUUAAUUUGCCAAGUGAUAAUCAAAAUUCAAACCUUAGUAAUUCUAAGAUUGCAGAACUAUUAAAUCAGUAGGAACAGAUACAACCAAAAGACUGGGAUAUUAAUGAACAGGGUUUUUAAAUUGUCUUGUAAAUGUUUUUAUUUAGUCAGAGUGUUUGGACAAUGCGCGUUUUUGGUGUUUCAAAGCGCCCUCUUUCUGUUCGUAAGACAAUCUUUAAAGAAUCAAACGUUAUGUUUAUCUUAUAGGUUUUGAUUUAGAAUUUCAUUCAAGAGAAAUGUGUUUUUUUUUUCAAGUAUUAUUCAGUUGACGAUCCUAUAAGAUAAACAUAAACUACUCAAAAGUUUAUCCAGUGGUAUAUAUGUGUUUAUAAAUCGGAACUAUUUUGCGUCCAACGUACUUUGAAUAAGAGAAUCAUUUCAAUUUUUUUACUACAGCUACUCAACAGUAACCUCAAUAAUGCCAUUACACAAUGACAGUUACUAAAUGCUCAACCAAUGUACAAUAGUCGUAUUUUUUUUAAACACAUGCAAUACAAGUAUUUGCUCAAAAGUACAAAUACUGUAAAUAAUAGAUACCGGAAUUGUUUUAUAUUAUAAAUAUAUUCUAAUAGAAAUAUAUGAAUUGAUUCUCUUUGUAUUGCAUAUUAAAUAAAUAUGAAUGUAUUUGUUAAACCCAA